AAAAAGUUGCCCCAGCUGAAGAGUCUGGACCUGUUUAACUGCGAGGUGACCAACCUGGCCGACUACAGGGAGUCCAUCUUCAAGCUCCUCCCCCAGCUCACCUACCUGGACGGCUACGACAUCGACGACUGCGAGGCGUCCGACUCGGACGGAGAGGGCGACGGCGUCGAGGACGAGGACGAAGAAGAGGGCGAGUCAGAGGACUUCGAGGAGGAGGAAGAGGAGGACGAGGAGGACGUAGUGGCCGAAGAGGACGACGACGAUGACGACAGCGCUGACGAUGAGGACGGAGAGGUGAAUGGAGACGUGGACAGUGAGGAUGACGACGACGAUGAGGAAGACGAGGAUGAUGAUGACGAGGACUCGUCUCCGGCCAAAGGAGAGAAGAGGAAGAGGGACCCUGAAGACGAGGAUGAUGAAGAUGAUGAUUAAAGAACCACAAAGACCCCCCGCGACCCCCUUUGACCUCCCUGCCCUCCCCCCUACAUGACCUCGUUCCAUCCCCUCCCCCACCAGCGCUCGCCCUCCUCCUGCGCCAGACUCCUCCCCCACCAACACCCGGUCGACUCCUGGGCUGCGUCCCAUUUCUGAAAACAGGUCUCCUCCCGCCGCGUCCUCGUCAGCUCCUCUCCGUUAAUUUAUACAAUUCAUUCGUUUGUUGAUCCCAAAUAUUCCUCGACCGCCCGGAACAACUUCCCGUCACUGUCAUAUUUCACUCUCUGCCGUUUGUAGCAGCACAUUUUAGUGAACUCAGGAAAAACUCGAGAGCUUCGAAUCCACAAAACCGAUCAGAACUCCAACUCACGAUCGUUUUCAGUAUCGAUUUAAGCUGCACGUUAUCGUCUCCAUUCAUCGUUUCGUCUAUAAAAUGCCAGAAAAUUAUGAUUUCUCAGCGGAAAGUGACGUUAAAAUGUCCAAAGAUGAUCCGUUAACCAUCGUGCACAACAAACGGCAGAAGUCUUCACAUUUUAGAAGCUGCAACCGGAGAAUAUUUGGCAUUUUUGUGUGGAAAUAUAUGAAUUAAAUAUGAAUUUCCCAUAAAUAUUCUGUUAAUUGAUCGUUUCAGCCCGACGUAAAGUUCCUCUGUGGCGUUAACGGGAACUUGUGAUUUAUUUCAGAGAAAGACGGACUAAAGUUGGAUUUCACAAAAGCCGAUUUAACCGAGUUGGUUGUUGAUUUUUGGUGUCAGAUCUGACGUGUAGGAAAGAGGAUGUUGGUGUUCCACACAUUUGCGAACCAGAACCUCAGAUGAGCAAAAAAAAGUUAGAAUUUUUUUUGCGUAUUUGUUACAUCAGGACAGUCGUUGAGAAAUAAAUCACAUCAGCAGAAGUUUUGUGUCUCAGGGCAUCGAAUCAUCAGCUGCUAUCACAAGAACAAGGUAUUCUGGGAAUUUUCGUGACCGUUUGAGCUCCAGAUUCCCGCUCCGUUAACCAGAAGUAAACGCCAGUCAUUAAGCUCGAUAACGAAGCAUCACGGAGGCGAGGUUUUGACCCGUUUGUACGGAACGCCGGAGAACGUAAGCUUCAGUUUUCGUUCCGUUUUUGAGAUCAAUCACAAGAAAAUCGCCCUUUUUUUGUUGUUGUAAUAUUUGUCAAUAAAUUCACGUUUUCGAGUAAUUACGUUGUUAAACACGUUGAAACAAAGCAUUUUUUUUUUUUUUUGCGUCGUGUCUGUGGAAGGAGGCUGAACGCCGGCUCGCAGGAGGUGACGUCACUGUUGGGACACGAAAUCAAACCCAAACUCCACGAUUCCUCCUUUUCCCAUCAUUCCUUUGUCCCCCCCCAACUCUCCGUGACAUCACCACUCUGGGACUCAACCAGCAGCUGUGAUGUCAUCACCGCGCUCCCCGACGGACAGUCAAACCUAGUGAACCCCCCCC